AGACGUACAUGUAGUACAAUGAGCGCGUUAAAAACACCGAUAGACUAUAGAAACUUGGAAGAGGAACUUCACGCGGCUCUCGCAGCCGACGAAUUGUAUAAAUUACAAAACGACGCUAAAAUUCGGGCGGUGGAACAAGCAGUGCCGACGUAUGAGCACUUCAGACAGAUGGUGAAUGGCGCUCACUUGAAACCUCUGGAUCGCGACGACAUGAAACCUAAGAUCGGUGCGCAGUGGAAUCCGCUGAUUAAUCCUACUAAGCCUUGUGACUUGACUGCAUCGGCAGCCUCAAGAAAAUUGACGCGCGAUAAACGGGACAAUGGAAGUUCCCCGAAAAAAUCGCGGGAGACGUGCGAGAACUUUUUACAAUUUUGGAGAACAAUUGCGGACCACUCCGAAAAGUUUACUUAUGUAUGGAAUCUAAGGAACGACCUGCGGCAUCACGUCUUUCGAGUGGAAAUCCCAGCGUCGUUCCUCGGCGACUUCGCGAAUACGUGUCUGCAACAUUCGUCGAAGGUGGACGACGUAACGUCAAUUAUAGAAAUUCUCGGCAUACUGAGCGCGUGCAAUCGGUUCGAUCUGAUGGUAUGCUUCAUGACGAGAGACGAGAAAUCUACGUGCGAGCAGCUUUUCCAACAGUUGCAACUUAAAGGAGGAUCGCCAGGCGAAUCCUUGAAACAUACAGUCAAAUCGUUAGCGGUGAAAUAUCGGGUUAAGCUUGAUUAAUGAAGCACAGUAUAUUCGUUUUGCAUAUAACAAUACGAACGGUAUAAAUAAACGGCAGAGAUAAAACAAAAUAAAUGAUUGAAACUUAUUAUUGUUCAAUUGUUGUUAUUAUUAUUGCAAAUAAUUCAUCUGGAAUUAACUGAAGAUUAGUCGAAAAAUUUGUUGUUAAAAUUAAAAAUAAAAUGCAUUCGUUUUACAAAUAAUCAGGGUCCGCCACCAAAAUCCGGACAAAUUUAAAUUUGAAUUUCCUACUUUAUUUGACUUCGGCGGUAGGUCGUUGUUGACGUUCGGGCAAGUCAGAUGUUUGUAGUAAGCGUGCGUAAUCUCAAAAUGUCCGAACAGAUAAGAUCGAGCGCGGGGUAUAACCGAAGAGCGGCGAUAAUCGAAGGCCUCCGCACUGGGCGUCCGCAGACCGAAAUUAUUCGGUUCUUCGGGUACCCGAGAUCGACGGUUUAUGAUGUUGCGGCUAAAUGUUUGGCUUCGGAGACGUCCGAAAAAGCUUUUGCCAACCCGACGAGAAAGAGCCAUUCGAAAGAAAAG